CGCGCGGCCCCGGUUCCCGGCCGGUUACCUUCCCCAGCGCUCCGCAGGCCGUUGCUAUGGCUCGGGGCCCGAGGCAGCGCGGGGAGUGAGGCGUGCGGGUCCCAGGCAUGGAGGAAGAGGACACGAGAGAUUACAGUGAACCUUGUGUACAGUGUUCUGUUGUAAACUGGGGUCUUACUGAUGAAGGCAGAUUUUAUUGCAAGUCUUGUCACAACGUCAUAGAGAGGACUAAAGAGGUUUUAACUUCUGAUGUUGUUCCUAACACAAAGAUCCAGUCCAUCUCCAGAGGAUUUAGAAAGAGAAAAAAAAUUGAUAAAGGCUGGGAAUGGUAUGUUUGUGAAGGUUUUCAGUACAUACUCAAGAAGCAAGCUGAAGCUCUGCAAACUUUAGGAGUGUGUCCACAGAUGAAGGAUGAAAUUCUAUGCAAUUUCUGGAGACGUUACCUUCAGAAGAGCAAACAGGCAUAUUGCACCACACCAGCUAGUUAUACUUGCAAAGCAUUAUCUAUAUCUGACAUCAGUACAGAUGUGGAUAGCGAACCAGAGAGAAUAAGUAUUCAUGGCUUGUCAUCUUUCUCUGAAAGUGAUGGAGAUUUACAGACAGAAAGCAGCUUUGGACAUGUUUCUUCCAUUGGCAAUGCCUCAGCAAGAGAAACCACAUCUAUCUGCUCCGGAUCGGUAGAUGGUGGUUCAUAUUUACUUAAGAGGAAAAAAGGGAACUUGAGGAUGUCUAUGCCAAUGACACUUUCAUUCUGCUAUAUUGCAUUACUCUGGCUGAGAGAACCAGUGACAUUAUCAGAUCUCUUAAGGUUUGUUAUAGAUGGUCACAUUCCUUACUUGAAUGCUUUUCAGUAUUUUCCAGAGGAGAUGAAAUUGUAUGGAGUUGAUCUCAAGAUCUUUCGUGUAGAGUCUUGGCCUGUAUAUGAAGAUGUGCAUAACAAGAUGUCUGAACUUGCAGCGUUUUUAGAUUUGCCUUGUUUUCCAGCUAUAACUGAUAGCUGCUUUCUUCAUCCAAACAUCUUGUGCAUUAAAUAUCUGAUGGAAGCCAACUUACCUGAUGAAUUGCACGAUUGGACUUGCAGAGUGGUAAAAAAGAUCCAUGUUGGAGAAACAGACUUUCUGACACUUGAUCCUGUGAAUAAAUCAGCAAGGAAAGUAAAAUAUGAUGUUCUUGCUGCAGCCAUCAUUAUAGUAGUGCUCAAAUUACUAUUUUUACUAGAUGAUCAAUAUGAAUGGUUAAAUGCAAACUUUGCUGGAAAAAGAAAUCAAAAGAACAAAGAAGGCUGCCUGUGGUUUGAUUUCAAAAAGUGGUACAAGGUUAUGAAGAAGUCUGUGGAUGUGGAACAGAAGAAAUUAGAUGAAGAAAGAGCCCGGUGUCUGUGGAAAUGUGAAAAACCACUAUUCUACUCAGCCAAGGAAAAAUCUGUAGUUCUUAAGAAAAGACAAAUGGUAGUGAACUUACAAAGACAGUUUGGCGCACUGUCUGGUUCAAUGCAAGUUGCUGAAAAGCAAAGCCCUUCAAGUUUCCAGUUAAACUGGGCUGAAGAAAACACAGAUGGGAAUUGUUUUCAUGGGCAUAUCCUAGAGGGAGUUUUGCAAGAAAAAGGCAAUUCACUUACAACCAUGAACACCAAGUAUUGGCUGUGUACAGUUAAACUAUGUAAUGAGAAGAUAUGUGGGCACCUGACACACUAUAAAGAAUCAGACUUUCCUCAGAGCUACCAGUUUGUGUUAAACCUGUUCUCCUUCCUCCUGAGGGUACCAGCCUCUCUCAUCCAUGAAGAGGUGUGUUUAAUAGAACACAAACUGUUUAAAACAAAACUCCACAGAAAGUAACACAAAACAAAAUAUUCAUGU